AUGGUUUCUUUUCAAUGCGAGGGCUGUGGCGACGUCUUGACCAAGAAGAAGCUCGAUCCACACCGCAAUCAAUGUCGGGGCGCUAUGUUUACCUGUAUCGACUGCAUGACGACGUUUCAAGGCACAAGUUAUCGAGCACAUACAUCAUGCAUCACGGAAGAUCAGAAAUACCAGGGCGCCCUAUAUCGCGAGAAGCCUUCCAAGGCCGCGAAGAGAAAGUCCGUCUCCAUCGUCGAGCCAGAGUACGAAAAAGCUCUCGUCCCUCGUCAAGCAUACGUUGAAGACGACCUGGAAACGGAUGCCCCUCCACACGUCCCUACUCCUCCUCCCGCCGUGCCAGAUUCAAAUCGUGACAGUGUGUUUGAUUAUAUGGUCGAUGAAGGCAGCCAAACAGGCACACCCCAGAUAAGUUUUACAAAGGACAAGGAAGAAAUGUCUAUGAAGCAGACUGCUCCGUCCAUCUUCUCCAGCAGCCGGCCGUCCAGCCAGAAUGGGUAUCACAACGCGGACGAGGAGGAGCAGCAUAGCAAAGAGUACGAAGAAAAUGGCUUCACUUGGGGCGCGGCACCGGUCAAGCCUCGAGGAGGGCUGGACAUGAACAACAGUACCCUGUCGCUCGAAUUUAUGACUCCGGCAGCGAAAGAGAUGAAAUCCAAACUAGACAAGAAAGAGAGACCACGCGCACAUAGUCGGACGAACAGCGGUAGUGAGAAGAAACGAAAACGACCCACAGACGAUCAAGUGCACGAGUUGGAAGGGGACACUUUGAUGGCCGACACGGUCAAGAUGGACACGCCGGUGAUCAUACACUCGGGGCUCACGGGUGGACUCAGCCGAAUGAUGUCUCAAGACGAGUCGUACCCGUUCCGCCGGUCUCCCGAUCCCAACGACAAACGCGUGAUUGUCCACAAGGAGCGUUCAGCUCGUCGAAGUGUGAAAGCGGAAGACCCCACCUCUCCGUUGAAACGCACUCGACACACCAAGGAAGAUUCCAAUGGCCUUGGCAUCUCGAUCAAAGGUCGAGCAGUUAAAGCGCUUUCGUUGGUGGGUGGAGCACUUCUUCCUGGUCAGGUCGAGAGCCACAUGGCCAACACCAAAACGCGGAGGAGAGCCAGCUCGUCGGACCAGGGGAACAGCCUGUCUCGAAUCCGAGACGGCGAGAAGCGAGAGAGGAAGAAGCACAAGGUUCACCGACACAAUGGUACUUCUUCCGCCAAUAUUCGCCAUGAGCACCGUUCACGCCGCCGGUACAGCGACGAGUCGCCCUCGCGAUCACCGGGUGAAGGCACCACUCGCAAACUCAAAGCCAUCGAGUACCACAAGCACGACGACUCAGCCUCUGACACGGACUCUGAUCCCAUGCAGCAACACAGCAAUGGUGCAAGCAAACGCAAAAGCACCAACGGUGCAAUGGUCGUGUUCGGCGCAGAGGAAAAGACCAAGCGUGCUUGCCGCAGUUUCCUGGCCAAUGCACCGGGACUAGACUCGGACAAAGGCUAUUCCAUUCACAAGAUGCUCAAGCGAUGGCAUAAGCAUAACGACGUCCGAAGCAGCACCAUGAAGAUGGAGGAGGAGCAGGACCUGUGGAGGGCGUUGCGAAUAAGACGAAACGAGAAGGGCGAAUAUGUGGUCUUUUUCUGA